CUAUUCUUCACCCGCAGAGAUCCAGGUUUUCAAGGUCUCCGGCUCCCGCGGCUCGGGGAUACACAGCUAGAUUCAUGUUCUGUACUAAGACUCUGUGUGGGGAGGCGGAAUGCGAAGAGGAGGCCCGAGAAACUGUUGUGGCGUCACGGGCAGGGGCGGAGCUGGUGCCCAGAGAGCCACGAGCUGAGCCGGGCCCCGCCCCCUUGGCGAAGCGCGCAUGCUCUGAACAGGGUCGUACGGAGGCCAGCGGCCUGAGGCGAGAGGGGGUGGGGCAGGAAACGGUGAAGAAGAGGAGCGGAAGCGGAACUACGUUUAUGUACAUCCGCCCUUAGCUUGCGUGUUGCGCUGCUGCGCACGCGCGGCUCUGGUCUUGCGCGGCUCUCGCGCCGGCCUCGCGCUCGCGGUGGUUUGGCCUCCGUUGCCUACUGUGGCCAGCCAUGGCUGGCAUUCUGUUCGAGGACAUUUUCGACGUGAAGGAUAUCGAUCCCGAGGGCAAGAAGUUCGACCGAGUAUCUCGCCUGCACUGUGAGAGUGAAUCCUUCAAGAUGGACCUCAUCUUAGACGUGAACAUCCAGAUCUAUCCUGUGGACUUGGGUGACAAGUUCCGGUUGGUGAUAGCUAGCACCUUGUAUGAAGACGGGACCCUGGACGAUGGGGAAUAUAAUCCCACAGAUGACCGGCCAUCCAGGGCUGACCAGUUUGAGUAUGUGAUGUAUGGGAAAGUGUACAGAAUCGAGGGGGACGAGACCUCUACGGAAGCAGCCACUCGCCUCUCUGCCUAUGUGUCUUACGGGGGCCUGCUCAUGAGACUCCAGGGGGAUGCCAACAACUUGCACGGCUUUGAAGUGGACUCCCGUGUGUACCUCCUGAUGAAGAAGCUGGCUUUCUGAGCCUUCCCUCUCCCUGGGCAUUGCCACCCCCUGAAUGCGACUCCAUUGUGAGGAGCAGUGGCUGAGGAAGGGCCCUGUUCUCUGGAGGAAUCGGUUCUUCCUUCACCGAAUGGACUUGGGGUCUCUCAGUCUGAACUGAGUGGAGAACUAGCUAUUGGCCUCUACUUGGGGCCCCCUUGGAAGAGCUCAAGUUGAGCAGCUUUCAGAUGCUUUAUGUGAUGGUUCGAUUAAACUGUGCUUUUUUUGUA